AUGGCCUUAAUAGCUACCAAAAUAAGUUUACUUUCUUGUUUCGUUUCUACUUAUCCAACCCAUCCUCCAACAUUUCGGAUUUCGAAAUUUCCCAAUGCGGUUGCUUCUUUGUCGCCUACAUAUGUUACUAAAAGAUCGGUCUCGAGCAAUCCUUAUGCUUCAGUUUCUAGCCCUUCAAAGCAGUUUGAUACUAAGACAUCCAUAGAAUAUUCACACGAAUUCAAUAUCAAGAAGAUCAAGAACAUACUAAUUGCAAACAUAGAUGAUGUCCCAUCGGCGAACCUGGAUAUGAUUGAUGCCAUUCAAGUUUUAGGAAUUGAUCUCCAUUUUAAACGAGAGAUCGAGCAAACGCUUCACAUUAUUUACAAGGAAUGCACGAAAUUCAACAUGUAUGAUCUCCACGAGGUCGCGCUUUGCUUUCGAUUGCUGAGACAAGAGGGUCACUAUGUGCAAGAAAGUAUUUUUGAAAACAUCCUAGACAAGAAAGGUGGAUUCAAAAAUGACAUAAAAAUUUACGUCAAGGGACUUAUAGAAUUGUAUGAAGCUUCCGAGCUCGGUGUAGAAGGAGAAGAAACACUCGAUGGCGUAAGAGAAUUCACCUUUAGCUGCCUUGGUGAACUAUGCUCAGGUAGAGUAAGUCAUCAAAAGCGAGAGAUAAUGAAGUCUUUGGUGCAACCUCGCCACAAAACCUUAACAAGAUUGACGUCCAAGAGGUUCAUAAGCAUGAUAAAACCCGCGGAUCAAGAAGAUCAAGAGUGGUUACAAUCUCUAUUACGAGUGGCUGAGAUCGACUCCAGUAUCCUUAAGUCAUUGACUCGAGAAGAAAUGUCUCAAACAUCCAAAUGGUGGGCAGAACUUGGCUUACAUAAAGAGCUGGACAAGGCAAGAAGCCAGCCGUUAAAGUGGCACACAUGGUCCAUGGAGAUUCUUCAAGAUCCGACCUUAACUGAACAAAGGCUUGAUCUUACCAAACCAAUAUCGCUUGUUUAUGUUAUAGAUGAUAUUUUUGAUGUGUAUGGGGAACUAGAAGAAUUAAUCAUCUUCACACAAGUUGUUGAGAGAUGGGAUCAUAAGGGGCUUGAGACGCUGCCGAGAUACAUGAGGGUUUGCUUUGAAGCUCUAGAUAUGAUCACUACGGAGAUUAGCAUGAAGAUCUACAAAUUACAUGGUUGGAACCCAACAAACUCUCUUCGAAAAUCGUGGACAAGUUUGUGUAUGUCAUUCUUGAUAGAAGCAAAGUGGUUUAGUUCGGGUUACUUGCCAAAUACUGAAGAGUAUAUGAAGAAUGGGGUUGUGAGUUCAGGUGUUCAUUUAGUGAUGCUUCAUGUCUACUUCUUGUUGGGCGAAGAACUCACAAGAGAGAAAGUCGAACUAAUUGAGAGCAACCCAAGUAUUGUAUCGGCUGCAGCUACAAUUCUCAGGCUCUGGGAUGAUCUCGGAAGUGCCAAGGAUGAGAACCAAGAUGGAGCUGAUGGAUCAUACAUAGAGUGUUACCUGAACGAGUACAAGGGAUCAACUGUUGAUGAAGCAAGAACACAUGUUUUCCACAAGAUAUCUAAAGCAUGGAAAUGUUUGAACAGGGAGUGUCUGAAUCCAAGUCCAUUCUCGAAAUCAUUCUCAAAAGCUUGUCUCAACAUUGCAAGAACAGUUCCUUCAAUGUACAGCUAUGAUGAUGAGCAACGACUUCCCGGUCUAGAAAAAUAUCUCAAGUCUCUAAUGUAAAAAAGUUCCAUUGACGC